AUGAAUCAAAAAAUUAUUUUUGUGUUUAUUUUAUCGGUUGCAUUUUACAUUGUCAAUGCUAUUCCAUUACAGAAAAGAGCUCCUCCAUUUCAAAAUUGUCCACAUUUUAACAGUGAUUUAACUGUUUCCUUUUCACCAGAUCCUAUCGCUUCUAACCAAGACGUUAUAUUUGAAAUUGCUGCUACUAUACCAUCUGACAUCGAUAAUAAAGGAGUUAUUCUGACUAGUUUUUAUAAAUAUAAUGCUAAGGAUCCCAUUGAAGACCCCAACGAAAAGUAUUUUCCCGCAACUUCAGCUAAUCAAUCCAUUUUUCAAGUGGUGCCAUUAACUGCACCAGAAUUACCUCAACAAUAUUAUAUACAG